CUGAAAAUAGCAAAUAUCACAAUACAGUAUACUCUCUCACAAAGAUGCGGGGUAAACAUCAAAAUACAGUAUCAAAUAAUAAAGAGUUUCCGUCAAAACGAGUGAGAGAUUCCGACAGAAAACACGAAGAGCGUUCGGUUUUGGUUGCUUGACGAAGCGGGUAAUGUGGUUAAGCCGGUCUAAAAGCUUUAUGGAUACGACGCCGUCUAAUAACAGAUUAACAACUGUCCUCUCGUUACAUAGAUUCAUUCUAUAGCGGCUGAUCUGGAGUUUGUUUCUAAUCACUUCGCAGAUGGGAAACGCGUUACUCAUCUUAAUCACAUUGUUUGUGUUAAUUACCGGAGGAGCAGAAGGGAUAAGAUUUGUGAUAGAUAGAGAAGAAUGUAUGUCACAUAAAGUUGAAUACGAAGGCGAUAAUGUUCAUCUCUCUUUUGUUGUUAUCAAGUCCGAUGCUCCUUGGAAUUCCGAUAAUUACGGUGUUGAUCUUGUGAUAAAAGGACCUUCUGGUGACCAGAUACAUGAUUUCCGUGACAAGACUAGCGAGAAGUAUGAGUUUACGGCUCAAAAGAGAGGCGUAUAUCGCUUCUGCUUUACAAAUAAAUCACCUUACCAUGAAACCAUAGACUUUGAUGUGCAUGUUGGCCAUUUCGCAUACUAUGAUCAACACGCAAAAGAUGAGCACUUUAAUCCCUUGCUGGAACAAAUAACAAAGUUAGAGGAAGCUCUGUACGGCAUCCAAUUUGAACAGCAUUGGUUAGAGGCUCAGACCAUGCGCCAGUCUAUAGUGAAUGAAGUGCUGAGUAGGAGAGCAAUCCACAAGGCAAUAUUCGAAUCUGCAGCACUUAUUAGUGCUAGCGUACUGCAAGUGUACCUCCUGCAGCGCCUUUUUGAACGAAAACUUGGGACAUCCAGAGUUUAGAUAUUGGCUGAGUUCACAUUUGAAAGUACUAACAUUGCAAGCUGGAAAACCACUACUAUGCUCCCUGUUUCUUAAUAGCUCUGGGAGCAAUUGGUUUUAGUUCACAAGAUGGAGCGGACUGUUUACCACACCUUCCUUGUUCCACAUUUAAUUUUAAGUCUCGGCAAUAUUUGUCUAGUCCUUGAUGCAUUUACAUGAAUUGUUUUUUUUAAAAAAAAUUGAGAAAUUGAUUAAAUUUAUUAAACCUCAGUUUUUGUAUU